UUUGUUUCCCAAAAAGUUUUACAACUCAACGGAUCCCAUUCCUGUUUCGCGUUUAAUCAACUGCAGAAGAGAGAAAUUCCCUAAGAAGAAACACACAGAUUGCUUUCACUCAAAACCCGCUCUAUUUUGGACAGAACACACAGACCAAUUCCACUCAACUCGACUGUCACUGUCAACCAAUCACACACACAUAUCGACAUGUAUGCAUAUUUGUAGCUAAAGGUGGAAUUUCGUGAAGAUCUGUUGAAUACUACUCCUUGUCUCAAUUUUUGUUUGAGGGAUCGUCGGAGCAAACCUUAGAAAAUGGUCGCCGCCGCGCCGUGCGACCACCGGAGCGCGAAAGAGCUCAUCUUCGACGCCGGCGCCGGUGCCUCUGCAGGUGCAAUAGCAGCUACAUUCGUGUGCCCCUUGGACGUGAUAAAGACGAGGUUAGCUAUAUUUGGCCUCCCUGAAAUGCACACUUCUGGUCGCAAUGGUAGUGUGAUUAUUGUGAGCCUGCAAGAUAUUGUUAGAAAGGAAGGUUUGAGAGGACUUUACCGCGGCCUAACGCCAACUUUGACCGCAUUGCUUCCGAAUUGGGCAGUAUACUUUACAGUUUAUGAGCAUCUCAAAGAACUACUACAUACAUACGAGGGAAGCACCAAGAGCGACCAGCUUUCAAUUGGUUCAAACAUGGUAGCUGCUGUGGGAGCAGGUGCUGCAACAUCUGUUGCAACAAAUCCUUUGUGGGUUGUUAAGACACGACUUCAAACGCAAGGACUUAGGCCAGGUGUAGUUCCUUACAAGAAUAUAUUUUCGGCUUUGAGUCGAAUUGCCCAUGAAGAAGGAAUCCGGGGAUGCUACAGUGGUCUUCUGCCUUCGUUGGCUGGAGUGAGUCACGUAGCUAUCCAGUUCCCUGCAUAUGAAAGAACAAAAUUCUACUUGGCCAAACGAGGUAAUAAAAGAGUUAACGAGCUCAACCCCGGGGAACUUGCAAUUGCAUCAUCAUCUUCAAAGGUUGUUGCCUCUUUAUCAACUUAUCCUCAUGAGGUUAUCCGCUCAAGGAUGCAAGAGCAAGGUCAAGUACGGGACUCUCAGCCAAAGUAUUCUGGCGUCGUUGAUUGCAUCAAGAAAGUCUUCAGACAAGAAGGUCUGCCAGGGUUCUAUCGUGGCUGUGGUACAAAUCUCCUGCGAACAAUUCCAUCUGCUGUGAUUACAUUUACCAGUUACGAAAUGAUACAUAGAUUUUUGCUGCAACUAUCUCCUCCAAACCCGAAACCUGAUUCUGGCACCAAGUCUCAGAAGGGAUCGACAAGCCCAGGAGAAAACAUCGCUUUAGACCAAUCUGUAUCUAAUGAUAGAACUCAUCUCAUUCCUUUGGAUAAUACAGAUCAUGAGCUCACUGCUAAGCAUUAGCUCACACCCAUUUUGCUGUCAAUAAAAAGCCACUGCAAGUUUCUCUUGUUGUA